AUGUACUUCCCGGUAGUUUUGACUACUUUAUCACUGUUGUCAGUCACAACUGCACAUAAAGGCCAUAAACGGCGGUCCGUCCCGUCAAGUCCUCAAGCAUUGAACAAAACAAUCACAAAUACAAUUCCAAAUGCUGCUGGAGGGCCAACCCUUUACUACAACGGUACUGGUCCUGUACCUUCUUAUAAUGAGACCUCUCCUAUUCCAGCCCCAUUGCCUACGCUAAGCAAGCAGGAGAUCGAAGAUAAUAUCUUCAAUGAGAUCCAAGGAAUUGUUAAUGGAAAUGGACUCACUACGGAAUGCUCAAAAUGCAUUGCCGGCACUGAGGUAAUGCAUCUUGCAGCUAUCAUGCAACCCGUGGAUACCAUUGUGAACCUUCUUAUUCGUGCCUGUGAAACCUUUCCAAAAGUCUACGACAGCAUCUACGCAGAGACCUGUUAUGAGGAAUACUCUGGAAUCGGUGGAACUGGUCCGUAUCUUGCUCAAUUAUUUGCCAAAAUGAGCAUGGCUACCGGUGAUAUGCAAGGUUACUGUUUUCAUGUUUGGGACACUUGUAGCUUACCUCCAACCAUACUUAUCGAUGAAUCGGCAUACUUUAAACCAAAACCAGCCAAUAAGAGAGUGGCCCCUCAACCAUCUAACAAGACCAUUGAUGUUUUACAUCUCUCGGAUUGGCAUUUGGAUACACGAUAUGAUAUUGGUAGUGAAGCCGAUUGCUCGCAAUAUAUGUGUUGUAGACCAUAUUCAACAAAUAACGUACUUAAUACGACGAGUACUAACCCAUCCAUGCCGGCGUCUCGGUUUGGAUACUUUUACUGCGAUGCUCCUCCUGAUUUAGCUCUUUCAGCAUUUUCAACCAUGGACCAGUUCAUCAACAGAUCUAACGUGGCGUUCACAAUAUUUACUGGUGAUAUUGUGAGCCACGAUAACGACGACCAAAUAAGUAGAGCUUACGUAGAGUAUGAAGAGACGGUUACCUACCAGACCUUCAAGGCUCAAAUGAAAAAUAGCCCUAUCUACGCUACUCUAGGAAAUCAUGAUUCCCUCCCGGAAGCUUUGAAUACCCCAAAUUCCAUCAACAACUCUACAGGACAAUCAAAUGUGUUUUCUUGGAACUACAAUUUAUUGUCCAGCCUAUGGCUUGACAAUGGGUGGAUUGACAGUAAAGCGGCUCAGUAUGCCUCAAGUCAUUAUGGUGCAUAUGCCACCGUCACGCCUCAAGGUUUAAAGAUUAUCUCUAUCAAUACGGACUUUUGGUACACGGACAAUAUCUUCAACUUCUUCAACAUGACAAAUCCGGACACUUCUGGAAUUCUCACCUUUCUUGCUAACGAGCUCCAAAAAUCGGAAGAUAUUGAUCAACGUGUUUGGAUCAUUGGACAUGUUCUUCCCGGAUAUGACGGCUCUCAAGCACUUCCAAACCCAACAGCUUUAUUCUAUAGUAUUGUUGCUAGGUUUUCGCCAGCAACAAUCGCGGGAAUAUUCUUUGGCCAUACACACGAAGAACAGCUUAUGAUCUAUUAUGAUUACCUGCCAAACUCGACAAUCUCUAGCAAUACAAAUUCGAUCAUGCGUGACACCACCCUGGUUGAUUACAACAAUCCUCUCCAGGUUGGAUAUGUCGGCCCUUCCAUCACCCCUCUCAGCGGGAACAAUGCUGGGUGGGUCAACCUUCAGGUCGAUGCUUCAACUUUCUCUGUCGUUAAUGCUCAGACUUACUUCGCUAAUAUGUCCAAUGCCAACUUAUGGACAACCCCCAUAUGGGAAUUUGAGUAUGAUAAGCGCCAAAUAUACGACCCCAAUGCAACUUGGCCUUCCAAUGCUCCUUUAGAUGGCGCUUUUUGGCAUGGAGUAACGGAAAACAUGUUGGCAAACAAUUCUUUGGUGGAAGUUUAUAAUUUCCUUGAAACAAAAAGUUCUGCGGUGACAAAAAGUUGUAGCACGGCAGCUUGUGCAAAACAAAAGGUUUGCUAUCUGAGAAGCGGAAGUGGGACUUUGGGAUAUGCUUGCCCUUACAAAGAUGGCCCUUUUUGA